AAACAGCAAGAUGGAGGAGAGAGGGGAGCAGUAUUUCGCUCCAAACUUCGGUGGUAUGGGUGUUCCUGUAACACCUGCAGGGCUAGAAGCGAUUUAUAAUGCUUGUAGAAGACUGUAUCCCGAACAGCCCAACCCUCUUCAAGUGACAGCGGUCGUCAAAUAUUGGUUGGGUGGUCCUGACCCGCUGGACUAUAUCAGUAUGUACGCCAACCCAGGGGACCCAGAUAGGAAUAUUCCGCCACAUUGGCACUAUAUUAGUUUUGGACUUUCAGAUCUACAUGGAGAUGGACGUGUGCACCAGAACACUGGCCCUGAAAGUCCUAGUGGAUUUGGGUUUGAAUUAACACUAAGACUGAAACGUGAACCGGGAGAAACUGCACCUCCAACUUGGCCAGCUGCACUGCUACAGGCACUUGCAAGAUACGUCUUUCAGUCAGAAAACACACUGUGUAGUGGAGACCAUGUCUCAUGGCAUGCUCCAUUAGAUAACAGUGACUCUCGUGUGCAGCAUAUGUUGAUGACAGAUGACCCCCAGCUACAGCCUAUCACCACUCCUCAUGGAAUUGUGAACUUUGUCCAGAUUGUUGGUUGUUGUUCUGAAGAGUUAAAGGCAGCACAGCAUUGGAAUGGAGCUGGCGUGAUAGAACUUUUAAAAACUAUACCAAUUGCUGGUGGACCCUGGUUAAUUACGGAAAUGCGUAGAGGGGAAACAGUAUUUGAAAUUGAUCCUACGCUCCAGGAUCGUGUUGACCAAGGUAUUGAAAAUGAAGGCUCCAACUUAAGUGGCGUGAGUGCCCGCUGUGCAUGGGAGGAACCUAGUGACAUAGAUAGACAUGACAAAGUGAACGAGGAGGAAAAUAAAGAAAACAGAUUUAUAGAUGGUGAUAGAAGAGGCAGCAGUGACAUAGAGAGGCCACACAUAUCUGCGUUUGAAUCUGAACAAAUCAAAGCCACAUUGAAGAAAGGGCUGAACACAGCUCAUCAAAUCAAACAAGAGCCUGUAGAUAAUGAAUACUCACCUUCACACCAGCCAGAUCAACAAACUGGUGGAUCUAGAAAGGAGUCAUUUGAUAGUAAUGUAAGCAGUGAGGGGCCAUCUGAACUGUGCAGAACAAGAACAUUGGAUGCUGUGCAUCUGAAGUUUAAUGUGGAGGCUGGCUCUCUACUUCCCCUGGCUUUGAGGGGAAGAUUAAAGCAUGGUCGCCACUUCACAUUUAAAAGUGCAUUAAAUGAUGUUGCCAUCACUCUGGUAUCUUCAAGUGUAUUAGGUGCAAUAGUAGACGAGGAACAUCCAUAUGGGGCUCAUGGACCAUGGCUGCAGGUGUUGUUUACUGAUGAUUUUGUGGAGAGACUGUUAGUCCAGAUGGAAGAAUUAUCAACACCCGAAAAUAUUCAUCCUCCCAAAGUUUAUUCUUGGCCAGAAAAAAGGCUGUGUAUCACAAUCAUACCAGAUGAUCUGCCAGAAGGCCAAAGUUGAAGCUCAUCAUAUCAUGUCUGUACAUGUUGUAUGUGUACUGUAUGUACAAUAUGUGGCUUGUGGAAAAGUUGGAAGUCAACCAGGAUGGUGCUUCAAUUGUAUGGGGAUUUGAUGUUGUUCAUCUGCUCUUUUUAAGCCCCGAUUAAGAUGCAUUGGGAGAAGUUUCAAGAAAACUUUUUAAGUUGAAUGUAAAAUUCAUGCAAAGAGAAAACUGGCAUGAACUGUUCGCAUUUGAUGGCUUUGUCUUUAUUUGUUCAUUUGAAAAGGAAUAUAAUGGGCGAUUUUAAUGUUAGAAUACAUUUUGUGCUUUGGAAAAGCAUUUUACUUUGAAAUUCAUUUUUUUCUACUUUUGGUAUAGAUCUCCAUAUAUUACUAUUUAUCAAUAUAUUUUAAAUGAGCUGUAUAUUUUUUCUAUGUAGAAUUUCUCAAGACAUUUUACUUAAAUUGCUAGAAGUAAAGAGAAACAAAAUUUGCUUAAGAGGCCAAACAUUUUACCAUGACAUUUUAUAUACACUUCAUUUGUUCAUUUCUCACAUCUCCAAAUGAAUUUUUGAGAGUCACUCAUAUAUGCAAUAAACUUGUGUAAUUCGUA